AUGCACGCGAUUCAGCAAGUCUUGCACAGGAGUGCCCGGCCAAUCUCGGUGCAUGAGUUUCGCGAUGCCAUCCUCGCGACAUGCAAGCCCCGAUUCCCCGAGGCCAGGGGUUCUAUGCACAGGCCCGUUGGCCUUGCAAUAAGCGGUGGUGUGGAUUCCAUGGCACUGGCCUAUCUUUGCUCUCAAAUCCGCAAGCUGGAUCCUGAUAUUAUGAUCACUGAUCAUCCAUGCGCUGGGUUCCGGGCCUUCGUUGUCGACCAUCGCCUCCGCGAAGGCUCGACCGAGGAGGCACACAGUGUCAUGAAGGCCCUUCAUGAGAUGGGUAUCCCCAGUGAUCUCUUACCAAUCAACUGGAAGAAGGAACUUGGUGAGAACGUCGAUGUCAAAAACCUAUCGAACAUCGAGAGCGCCGCACGAAGGGCUCGAUAUCGGAAGCUUGGCCAUUUUGUCGCCUUCCGCAAGAUGGCCACGCUGCUGUUGGCCCACCACCAGGAUGAUCAAUACGAAACAGUUCUCAUGCGCCUGAUCAACGGCCAUCGUAAUCGUGCUCUGAUUGGCAUGCGGGAGGCAUCUGAUAUACCUGAGUGUGAAGGCCUUUUUGGAGUUUAUGGUAGUGGCUGGGUCGACGACCAGACCCGAAAGCACCCAUUCUACAACACCAAGCUCUCCAAGAAGGAGCGCAAGAGUUUGAAGCAAGAGCUCAAGUUCCGCAUCAAUGAACUGAUGCACGAAGACCAGCAAGCAGAGGAUCAGCUCGCCAAUCUUGGAGUAUUUGAUACUACUGGGGCCGACGAUUCACUGGGGAAAACACCCAUCAGGUUCAACUGGUCACCGCAGCUCGGAUCUAUGCCCAUUGAAAACGGAGGUGUCAGUAUACAUCGACCGUUUCUGGAGUUUGGCAAGGAUAGACUCGUUGCGACCUGCGUGGAAAAUAAUGUUCCCUGGUUUGAGGACCAUACUAACACGGAUCCGACACUGACUACGCGAAAUGCGAUUCGUCAUAUGUACAAAUCUUGCGAACUUCCUCGCGCUCUCCAGAAACCGGCUGUUCUGGCGCUCUCCAAGUCUUGUCAGCAUCGAGCUCGAGCCCAGGAUGCCGAGGCGCGUAGACUACUCCAAAGGACAGUGCUCCAUGACUUCGAGCCGCAUGUGGGCACGAUGGUGGUUCAAUUCCCGAACUUGCAGGUUCAUGGCUCCAAAGGAGCUUCGUCCUCGAACGAGUACCACCAACACCGGCUCUCCCAGAAGCGAAUAAUUGCAGCACUAGCCCUCCAGCGGGUCAUCGCUCUUGUUAGCCCAGAAUAUCAAGCCCCCUCUGUCACGAACUUGCAGAAUGUGGUCUCGAGACUCUUCCCAUCUCUUGAGAGCCUGCCAGAUGCGUCGAGGGCGGCACCGCCUAAAGCCUUCAACGUCGCUGGCUUGCACUUUAUGCCUAUUGAAUCAUCGCCGCCGUCGGUCGCUUCCUCCGCACUAUUGCAUCCCCAGAUAUGGUACGUAUCGCGCCAUCCAUACGUUGCGACCGAGCCACUCCCUCAGUGGCGCAUUUCAGCAUGGUCACCCGGAUUGGAGAGAAGGCGCAGACCUCGUAAACCGAGAUCGAGAUGGUCAGUUUGGCUACCUUGGCAUUUUUGGGACGGUCGCUUCUGGAUUCGGCUCACGCAUCGUCUACCUUCCCGUCUAGUUGUGAUGCCCUUCCUAGUCGAACACAGCAAGGACUUCCGGACCGCACUACCUCCGCAGGAUCGUGCUCGUUUGGCCGCGGUGCUUAAGCAAUACGCCCCUGGGAAAACCAGAUAUACACUGCCCGCCAUCUAUGCGGAAGAGCCUGUAGACUUCGACAAUGUAGUUUCUCAUCCCAAGCAUCCAGAGCCUCGAAACGAUUUAGCGAUAAACGCAAGUCAGAGAAUAAUCGGCAAGCCCAUACUGCCACCUAUUGACCGCUCAAAGAUGAGGCUACUAGCUCUUCCGACAUUGGAUUUCCAACUGCCUGGAUUAGAGAAGUUGUUGCAACAUGAAGUUCGGUUCAAGAAGGCAGACCGGGACACACUGCGGACGAUGGGCAGUUUCGACGGCGGCUCUUUCGCUCCACUUCGAGCCUCCAGUAUCACACAUCGCAGUCGCAAUAUACGCAAGCUCUGUAUCAACUCGAAGAGACGGGAGAGACUCCUUCAUGAACGACAGGGUCACCUCGGUGAAGGUCAUCAGGCAGCUGGUGGGUGA